AGUGUUGUAGUCCCCGGCUGCGGCCGGCUGCUGCGCUUCAGCAGCACCCCGGAGUAAUUGCGAACUUGUCCGCAGCCUCCGGCAGCAGACGCCUGCCCGGAAUGGGGAGUCGCGGCCGCUGCUCCGCCGCCACUAUGGGCCCGGCCUCCGGCUCCGCAGCGCUGGGUCUGCCGCUUGUGCUGCUGCUGCUUGCCGCGCUCCUGGUGCCCGAGGCGGACGCGGCGCGACUACGCGCGAUGCUCUACUCGCCCGAAGACCCCCUGGAGCUGCUAACGGAGAGCACCCUGAAGCCCGCUGUCCUGGGAUCCCCCAGCGCCUGGGUGGUAGAGUUCUUCGCCUCCUGGUGCGGACACUGCAUCGCCUUCGCCCCCAAAUGGAAAGCCUUGGCCAAGGAAGUCAAAGACUGGAGGCCUGUGAUCAAGGUAGCAGCCUUGGACUGUGCGGAAGAAGCAAAUUCAGAAAUCUGCCGGAACUUUGGGAUCCAUGCCUACCCUAGUGUAAAGUUUUUUAAAGCCUUCUCAGACAGUUCUUCCACUGGAACAGAUUUCACAGUACAUGGGAAAAGUAUUGAAGAGCUUCAGACGUUGCUCAUUGAUGCCCUGGAGACACAUCGUGGUGGACCGUGGCCCCCAUCUUGUCCCGAACUGGCACCAAUCAGGCUGGAGGAGAUCAAUAAUUUCUUCUUGAGGAACAGUGAUGAAUACCUGGCCCUGAUCUUUGAGAAGAAAGACUCCUAUGUGGGUAGAGAGGUGGAGCUGGACAUGUCUCAGUACCAUGGCAUCAAAGUGCGCAGGGUUGUGGAUGUACAGGAGGAUAUAGUAAAGAAAUUUGCCGUCACUGCCUUCCCUUCUUGCUACUUACUGACCAGAAAUGGCUCCAAGACCAGGGUCCCUGUGCUUUUGGAAUCCAGACCUCUUUAUAGCACUUACCUACAGAAGUUACCUGGCGUGGGCAAAAUGACCUUUACCCCGUCGGUCCACCCAACGCCAGCAGUCAAGCCAACCACAGCAGAAGGGAUAGCACCUCCUGUUACUAAACCCGUAAACAGUUCCAAAGUAUAUAUGACCGAUCUGGAAUCUGCUCUCCAUUACAUCCUUCGGGUAGAGGUGGGCAAGUUCAAAGUCCUGGAGGGAGAGCGUCUGACAGCUCUGAAAAACUUUGUGUCAGUCCUGGCCAAGUACUACCCUGGCCAGCCCCUGGUCCGGAAUUUCCUUUAUACCAUGGAUGUGUGGUUACAGCAGCAGAGGAAGAGCAUACCCUACGUCUCCUUGGGAACGGCCCUGAAGAGUUGGAAAGAGGAUGUUCUUUUGCCCAGGAAAGCAGUCUGGGUGGGCUGCCAGGGAAGCGAGCCUCACUUCCGAGGAUUUCCUUGUUCUCUCUGGAUCCUUUUCCACUCGCUGACAGUACAGGCGGCUCAGCGCAAUGAGUACCUUCCAAAGAAAGCAGAUCCACAGGAAGUUCUCCAAGCCAUCAGAGGCUAUGUGAAAUUCUUCUUUGGCUGUCGAGAAUGUGCCAAACACUUUGAGCAAAUGGCGGCUGCUUCCAUGGACCGAGUAAAGAGUAUGGAUGACGCCAUCCUCUGGUUCUGGAACAGGCACAACCGAGUCAAUGCUCGCCUAGCAGGUACAGCCACUGAGGACCCUCAUUUCCCCAAAAUCCAGUGGCCACCAAAGGACCUAUGUGACUCAUGCCACAGUGAAAUUGAAGGAGACCCUGUGUGGAAUCUAGGUGCCACUCUUAAAUUUUUCAAGUCCCACUUUUCUCUUCGAAACAUUGUCAUCGACCGUAAAUGGUCUGUGGAAGCCUUGCCUGGCCCUGGGAGCUGGCACGGAGAGCUAGAGAAUCCUACUUUCUCCCCUCCCGCUGAGCAACCAAGUCCCACAGAGUCAUUGAGAGAGGAGCCAAUAGACAAAUCGGAAUACUUGAGAGGAGACCAUAAUGAGAUUUCAGAUUAUUUGUUGACCUGGCUUCUGGGGAAUAAAGUCCCAUAUGUGGCGAAAGAAGUCAUCUCAGCAGAGAGCGAUGGCUUGACAACAGAGUUGCCAGAACACCACCGUGUCCAGGUGCUAAAUGUGGAGAUGAAGGAACAUCCAGAGAAGCAGUUGAUAGAAGACCAGGAUACCCUUAAUGAGAAGUCUGAUGAUGCUAAGUCCUUGAUCUCAGACGAUGGAGAUAGAUCUCUGAUCUUGGGUGAUGGAGCUGAGUCCUUGAACCCAGAUAAUGAAGCCCAGUCCCUGGUCCUGUAUGGUGGAGCUGAGCCCCUGAUGCUGGACCAUGGAGCCCGUGAGCUGUUCCCAAAACCACAGGUUGCACAGAAACUGACCAAGCGAGACACGUUGACCCUGCAGCUGGAGGAAGGUGCAGAUGAAGUCAAGCAGCUGUCCAGUUUCAACCAGAGAAAGGAGAGAGCUAGAAGAUGAGGAACUUCUCAGCAGUAUUGCUAUGAGCCUUUGCCCCUCCUCUUCAGCCCCAAGGACCCUAUCAAAAAACUUGGAAUCCUGGUCACUCUUGGAUUAAUAAAAGAAUGAAGAAGAAAAUAGCCAUAAUUCUGAAGUUCUGGCCCCCGUGAAGAGGUCUAGUGCUUUGCUUAGCCACCGUGGGGUCUGGUCUGAGAUUGGAACCUAGGAAUUUCUGAGGUUAUGCAGCUUUCUUAGGUGUAGGUUUAGAUGUUUGUGUGUGUGUGUGUGUGUGUGUGUGUGUGUGUGUGUGUGUUGUCGGGGGGAGGGGAGGUUAGAAUGGAGUAGGAUCCUUACCUAGGUGGGUUUGCAUUUCCUGUGAGACCCUAUAGACAUACUUGCUGCUAGCCUUCUUUCCAAAGCAAUCGUCCUUCCCAAAGCAGCACCAUCAACUUGAGUACAACUGAGAAUUCACUGGUGUUUGCUCAUCUGGAGGUGGGGGUGGGUAUGGGGGUGGAGGGCCAAAGUUGCUCCAGGGCUGGGGGUGGAAUUAUUUAAUUAUGUAGCUAGGGGGCAUGGUGGGAAUUGCAGGGUGUUGGGAGGUGCACUAGAAUUUAUUUGUGGUAGUUUGGGGUGGCUUGGUAUAUGGCUGUGAUCAUGGGAGAGGGAAGCUUUACACCAGAGAUGAGAGCUCUUAGCAGGAAGGGAAAAGACUUGGGAGAGGGUCAGUUGGCCAUUUCUUCCUUCUCUGAGCUAGAGCCUUGUAUUUUGAGCUAUGUCCUCCUGUAUUCAUCUUUCUGUUUUUCCUGUGAAAGUGACAUGGGGCAUUGGUUGACUGUACAUUGGGAUUGGCUAGCAGGGUUUCCUCUCCCUACAGACACCAAGUCCUAUAUUGGUCAAAGGGAAUGAUGGGGGCAGGAAGGAAAGAUGCAGCCCGAGUCUAUGAAAUACCUAUCUCAGCUGGUGAUUUGCAGAAUAAAUUAUUUUUUGCUAAGGCAA